AUGAUAACGUCAUUACCGCGCCUCAGAGAUCAUAAGGCAAACGUUGGAGAUAUCGUGCCUCGUCUCGCAGCAGACAGGAGAAAGAAGGUAAGAUAUAUUGUUCCCUGUUGGGAAGAAUGUUAGGCGCUAGGUCUUGGGAUGAAAUAUACGUGUAAGUCCCCACUUCAAAAUGCAAGUGGCGGUUGACUAAAUCAUCUUUUAAAGGUGAGACUGCAAACAAGAGAGCGAGUUAGACGAUACAUUAUUUGGUGCAAUGAAGGAAAAUGUAGUCUGUAAAUCUCCCAAUUCUAAUGUGUCUGGUGUGGCCCUAAUGUAAACACGCGGGAGGUUGGGAGAACACGAGAUAAACGUAGGAAACCACGACGGGAAGCGGAGUGGUUCCCAGCUUACGUAAACACGGAAACCAUUUUACAUUUCUUUUAUAAAAUAACUAAUGAAAGAGGAACGAAAACCGUGUUUACAUACGCUCAUGUAAAAUGGUUUUAUGGCCAAUCAGAGCGCGCGUACUAUUUGAAUUAUUUUAUAAAGACAUAUAUUGUAUAUUAUUAUAAAAGGAUAUUCAGUCCACUCAGUUGUUUUUUAUCUUCUCAUUCUCCUUUCUGUGGUCACAUGAAUAGAACGGGACAUGAAAACUCUCUUCUUUGUAGAUCUCACAGGUUGGAAAGGUAUUCCCAAAAACUUUGGUUCAAGAGCAAAUCGAUGAAAAACUUGAUUUUCACUGCGUUAGUCUGGAGAAAGACAAAAAUAUUUUAUUUCCCACCGUGGGGGUGGAGAGCGGUUCGAAGAGUCCUGGGAUAGCGGGCAAAGUACCUACACCAUCUGUGGAGACUGGGGACGGCCCAGAGGUCACUGUAAGUAGCAGCCGCGUGACCAGAGUGUCACAGUAUUUUUACUGCUAAGCGAUCUUUGUAUUCAAUGCUUACUCGUAAAAGAAUCGUCCAUCAUGUAUAGGUUAUAUGUAAUUGUCUUUGAAGUCGCGCGCACGCACCUCUAUCCUCAAGAAUGAGAUCUUCAUUACCAAUUUGGAUUUCAGUGACGAUUAAAAUCGGAAUACUGCAUCCUUUUUAUUUAGAUUUUUGUAGGAAAGAGACUUUUGUUGUUAAGGAUGCUUCACUAAACACUGAAGGCUACCAUCACUCAUGAGUCUUAAGCGAUAUUUCCGUGUUUUCUAAUCACAACAUGACUUUCCAGUGAUAAUUGACAACUUCAUCUGAAACAAGAUGUACUCAUAGCGCACAAUUUGCGCGAUGUUAUAAAAAAUAGUUUGAUUUGUGGUGGAAAAAGUUCGUUUCCUUUUUUUUCUGUUGGAUCUAAUUGAGGUUUAACAGAAAAAUAAGCGAUGCAAGAGUUGAAUUUUGAAAGGUUGAAAUGCAGUCUAGAUCUAUUUCUCUCUCUGAUAAAAGUUGUGUCAAAAGAUGGAUUUUUUUAUACUGCUUUAGCUUCCGGAGUUACCCAGUGUGCUUGGCGGGCGUCGCGUCUCCUCCUCGCCUGGUCCAGAUAACACUGAACCGCUGGAUCUGCUGAUCAAGGGUGAGGCUCACAAAAAAUCUCAGACUGAAAUUACCGCAGACACGGUUGAACCUGUCUCUGAUAUGGCGGUAGAAGAGGUAAACCUUUGAGUAUAAUUCCUACAUAUAUUGUUCUACAUGUUGAUGGUGUUUGGAUUCCAAAAGCCUACAUGUAGCUGUGUCCCAUUUCCUUCCUUGUUUCAAGCAAAUUUUGGCUGGGGUUCCUGUGGAUUUGGAGAAAUACUUACCUUCUUACUUCGAGGACUAAGAGGUCUUGUUUGAUAAUACAUUUUUUUUUACGAAAAAGAAUUCCUACUUCUAUAACAAUUUCUAUAAAAGCACCCAGAAUUUGAGGGAUUUCAGUCACAGAACAUAUUGGUGCAUACUGGUCGUUCAAAAGAGGGAGCAGUACUUUUAGCUCCUUCUAGAAAUUGUUGGAACCUCAAUCCGUGAUGUGUCAUUCAUAACCCAAGGAAAUCUUAAAUCUCCUUCCUACGUUCCCACACCUAUUAAAAUUGCUAUCAGUGUCAGGAAUAAGAACUACUAUAAUUCUUGUUCCGUUUAAUUUUUUUAGAAGCUACCUCACUGUCCUUAUUCUUCACCAGGUCAUUAUUUCCAAACUCGAACCAAUCAUUGACUCUCUGUUUGAAGACGAUGAGCUUUUUGCACAGGAGUUUGAAGAAGAUGGUCUAAACCGUGUCCUGUUCAUAAAAAAGAUAGGAAUUUAUGUUGAGGUUAGUCUUGUCUUGUUACAUCGCCAUCAACCCUUUUAACGUAUAAGCUUUGUUUAAACCCCUGUUCAACUUAGAAAACACUGAUAAAAAGUUGGCAAAGUGUCUGUGGUAUUUAUUUUACUUCCAAAGCUGUAAGGGAGGGGUAACAAACUGGCGCAAAAUAAAAAACCUUACAGAUGUGCGAAUUGGUAGGUCCAUUUCCAGCGUGAAAGCUAUAAAGGUUAUGGUAGGCGAUUGUUUUCCCAUAUUUCCCUUUUCACUGUGCAUUCUCAAGGCGUCCUCUUUCGCGUUUUAAAGAGCACCUGAUCUCAGCGGUUAACUUUUCAGAAUACAAUAGCAAUUUUUCUUGAGGUACGGGAAACAUUGCAACAUUGUGAUCUUGCAUUCCUGGCACCUUUUUAGUUUUUAUUAUUAUUGUUACUAUUGUCAUGCAAUGAAAUUGUCGGGGGAAAAACAAUCGCCGUAGUCAGCUCUUUUCAAGCUUUUCGUGUCGUUAAGUUCUGGUAACCCAUAUAACAUACAAACCUAAGUAUCUACAAUCUAUACAGAGGAUCAGGAUUCUCCUUUGCCACAAAUACGAUACUUUUUUAUAAGAUAAAAACCAAAGACUACAUACCGGGAGUGUUUUGUACGCCAUUGUUCCACUGUCCAAGAUGUAAAGACCAUUGGGCAGAAUUUGGAUCUGUGCCAGCAAACUGUCAGUUACCACAGCAACCAACUCGUGGGCCUGCAAUACACCUGGCCAGUAAUAUAAAGCGGAGGUUCAAUGACUGGAGGAGGAAGACCAAGAGAAGACUUGGGUUUGUAAUUCUUCUCUUGUACUCUGUAAGAGCACUAUUAAUUCAAUUUCCGGCCUAAAGGCAGUUGAAUGCAGUCUUUCUUGUAGCAAAAAAUAGCUUUAAUUUUCAAUGUGUGAAUUCGCUGAAUGGUAACACAUGAGAAGUGGUACAAAUUUUAAUGAUGUUUUAUCUGAUUUGCAGAGACAUAAAAGAAGGAUACAUUGUAUCAGGAAGUGGGACAGUACUAAACCAAAUCAACGGACAAGACACCAAUACUACCCUUGGUGAGGACAGAAAAUCACUUGACUAUUUGUUGUCUAGUGAGGAAGCGCUUGAAGAGUUGAGUCUUGGUGUUAUUGAUUCUGGGACAAAGAUAGAAGCGUUUAGAGUCCUUAGAGUGGAUGAACAGACAUUAGACGAGGAUUAUGUGAAAAAAGUCGCAGAUGCACUUGGUUUUAGUCAAGAGCAAUAUGACGAUUUUGCGCGAGUCAACUUAAACAAAGUGAGAAUGGAUUAUGAUGUUGAAUCGGACGGAAAAACAUCGUUUAAGUCGCGGCUAGAUUUAUCAAUGUUGGAUAAUAUAUUAAUAAAGGAUUUGCCUGAGAUCAUCAAAGAAAAGUUGUUGUCGAUACUGCGAUUACAAAAACAAAGAAUGAGAAGGAAAAAGAAGAAACAGAUAGCGACGUCUAUGAAUGGUCCUGAUUCUGUUGAAGGGAACUACGCCCAAAGUGAAAAUACGUCUGAAAGCUUUUAUAUCCAAGGAUUUGAUGACGAGGAUACAGAACAUGAUUCUAACUUAAUUGAAAAUGGAAUAAGGGCUUCAGUGAAAAUGAACAGAAUAAGAAGAGAAAAUAGUGGAAAGCAGGGAAGAGGGCAGAGAACCGGAGAGGGCCUGGGGAAUAUGAGUGAACAAGAAACUCGUAAGUACAAUUUUUACUCCAUGGUCGUCAUUGGGAGACUGAGAUUAAGGUUAUCACUGGGAAAUAACCACGGCAAAUGGGAAUAAGAUUAAAUGCGAUAGAACUCUAAAAUUUGAAAAGAAUUCUAAGAGAAAAGUUGGAUUCCCCCCCACCCUCGAACCCAAUAGACGACCCUGUAUAAAUAAUCUGGCAACCAAAUAACUUCAUUUGCAAAUUAUUAAAAAUUGUUCUCAAGGAGUGGUUUAAUGGGUGAAAACGACAUUCAAUCCGACAAUCCAUUCAAUUCAUGUUAUGCAAGCUUUUGUAAAGAUCGUAGACGUGGCGACCUAGGGGUUACCCCCUUACCCUUCUGCCACACCCUUUCGACUCCAGAGCGUCCAGUCAAGUUUGGUGUCCUAGUAAUUGCUUUGAAAUGAUCAUUUUGUCAGGGUAGACAAAUACCGAAACGAUACAGGGAUUGUUAAGGAAGUAGAAUAUUAUCAUUAACUACUAAAGAUGAGUUCUAAAAGUUUCGGUUAGAUAUUUUAAGUUGCUCAAAUUUUGACAUGAUUCCUUUGAAAUGAAUCACUUGUGCUCAUCCGUAGCUGGUAGAAAAUUAUCAUUGGCUGGGGGAAGUCAUAGGGAUACAUCAGCCCGUGAAGGAAGAUCAUCUCGAGUGUCCACUGCUUUAUCUUCACAUUCAGAUGGGAAAGAAUUUUCAGCACCAAGAUCACCAAGUAAUGUCCUGGUCUACAAAGAGGUAAAUGGCUUAGACCCAGAUUUGUUCUUUGGCUUCACUGAGUACAGAGAAAUAUAUUUAUGGAUUUAGUGUUACCGAGUUUUAUGUUCGUGUGUAAUUGGACCGGUUUAUCAGUACUUGCCUUAGGUUUAGAGCGAUUUUGAAAUAACUGUUCUCAGGCCCGGUCGACAGAUAUUUAUCAAUGGUGCUAUUGUUUACAGGAAAUCGAUUGGAAUGAUCAGGCUUGACUUGGAAAAUGAAAUGACAAACAUUAAUCAAAGUAGGUUUUAGACAUUACCAAUGACCAAAAACUUUCCUUGCUUCAGUUACAGAAUCAGCGACGCGCUCGUAAAAAGAAUACUAGCGUAAAUAACAGAUCAGGUCAACCAGACACGCCUUUUCAGAGACUUGGGAAACAUUCCAUGACUGUGCCCGCAAACAGCCCUUCAUUUUUUGCUUACGAUAAUGUUGAUUCUGAUGAGGAGACCUGGGAACAAGGGAAGGCUUUUAGAAUGGGUUCCAGUCGUGAUGGUAGAAGAGAUUCACUUACAUCGCACAUGUCCGAAAUGUCACGUGGAGCUCACGAGACCGAUUCAAAUGCUUACUUCAUGUCUGACCCGCCACAUAGUGUUAAAGGGACUGAGUCACGCUCCUCUAUGUUGCAAAAGUACAGCAGGGCAGUUGGAAGUGCGCAUGCUCGAAAGGAUGCAUCUUUCUCUAGUAAGCACGGCCUUUAUCUAAUUUAGGGUUAUGAUUUUUUUCUUAGUCUUUUUCUUUUUGUUGUUUUACUUUACUCCUUCCUUCGAUCCUCUUUCUACAGGCCUUUCUUUCACCUAAAUAAGUCUGAAAUAUACCUACCAGUGCUGCUUUCUCAGAUAUCUUGAUUCACCAUAAGUAGGCUUCGCUCCUUACUAAAAACGUUGUUUCUUUGUUUUUAUUCGAUAGAUUUAGAUGAUCAGGCCUCUUGGGGCACUAACGAUGGAAGUAUUUACAACAUCGGAGACGACCCAUCAGGCUCCAGAUCAGACAGACCGCGCCGUUUUAUAAGAAAAAAGGAAAAGGGAGAUGCUGUUAAGAGGCCUGGAAACCACUACCAUAGCAGAGUCAUAGACGAUAUGCCCGUAGGCCAAGGAAGUCCGUCCCUGAGUCACGUGACACCGUCAUUUGUUGAAGCUAAUGUGACGUAUGGAUCAAAAGCGAGGUUAAGCCAGGCGCAUAUUUCACUGUGUGAUAGUCCUUCACUGUGUAGCACGAUUACGGGAACCCAGGAACAGAGGGUCUCGUCAGCGCUCAUAAAGCGAUCCUUACGUUCUGCUUCAGCAAAAGAGCCGUCCCAGAGAAAGCAAGAAACAAUCGAAUUAGAAUGCAUGUCGCAGAAACAAGAUAAUUACGCUCCUCAAGACAACCAGGAAACUGUCAUCCGCAUAGAGAGUGAUUCAACACAUUUUGUGCAAGCGCAAGAAAACCAGACCAGUCCAAAAGAGGAGCCCGCUAAAAAGCCCAGUGCAAAGGUCUUUAGACGGACAUUUGAAGAAGAGUACAAACCACUCGUUUCAUUGGAGGAUUUAAACUUUAUUCAUAGACUUCCGGUAUCAAGUGCGUUUACGUAUUCGUUUUAUGAGCUGCCCAGUCAGCAUCGAGUUCACAAUAAUUCAAUCAAGCAGGCCGUUGGCCGAAUCGGUCGACGCAAAAAGAAGGGAACUGCCCAAUUUCGGAGUAAAAGUGCUCCUUGA